AUGCAUCCUGACACUGCUCAUUUCGACUCCGAGAUGGACACGGACGACAUGGCUGUUGAGGAUUUCUUACACGCUGCUACAUCUACCUCACUCGAGGGCGACUCGCUGUCGUCGUCGGGGCCGAAGACGGAGCCGGAGUCACGUUGUGAUCGAUGCAUAGGCGUUGAACCACGUCCGAAAGAAGUUUGUUCUUCGCCAUCGCCCUUGCUACUUCAGCCUUUGCAUGUGUCGGAAGGUGAGCUUGAAGGUGGGCCCGUUGUCGGCGAAGAAGAGUCCUUGUCAUUUCAAGGUUCUUUCGGGGGUUCGCGCCGUUGGUCUGGUUUAGUUGAGUCUCCGGGCGUGGUACCUGAACUUGUUCUUUUACCUCAGUUGAGUGUCAGCGUUGAACCUACGCCGAUAUCUGGGAAUAUUCACAUUCACCCUGAACAGAACACCGAUUUCUCUCAAUUGGAUCCAAUUCCAGAAGAAAUGGUAUACGAGAAUGAUAGUGUUGGAGAAAGGAAAACGACUGCCAACUCUGCGCCGCUAUCAUUGUACCAAGUUACUUCGGAUUCGUCAACUACGGAAUAUUCGGCAGAAGAUAAUACAUGGAUAGGAUCGUCAGCAGAGCACAUUUCAACAAUAGAAUCAACACCAGUCGGCACAACACUCCACUCGGAAUUUCACCCGAUCUCCUUCUACCAACCAGCGCUUGAGCUACAGUCAGGCCUGGUGCCAAAUGAGGUUGAUACAGAUGACCCCGGGUAUACAUCUUCGGCAGCAUCAACGAACGGCGAAAAUAGCUCAGUCUUCGAUGAAGACUAUCAUUCCGACACUUCCAGUCAUACAGCCUCACUCCUAUCAGACGUGAAAGACUACUGCUACGAGAAUGGCCGACGAUAUCACUCCUACCGCGAAGGCCACUACGUUCUCCCCAACGACGAACCCGAACAAGACAGACAAGACCUCCUUCACCAUGUCCGCAACCUCGUAUUAAACUGCGACCUCUUCCGCGCCCCGAUAAGCAAAAAUAUACAACGAGUCCUAGACAUCGGGACUGGCACCGGAAUCUGGGCCAUCGACUUCGCAGACAGCUACCCAGGAACCGAAGUAGUCGGCACAGACCUCAGCCCCAUCCAACCAUCCUGGGUCCCGCCCAAUCUACGAUUCAUCGUCGACGACGCCGAAUCACCCUGGCUAUUCAGCACAAGCAGGCCCUUCGACUUCAUCCAUGUGCGUGAUUUGGGCGGCGCAAUCGCUGACUGGCCUCGGUUGCUUCGCCAGGCUAACGAACAUCUGCGUCCUGGAGGUUGGGUCGAAUUACAAGAAUUCGAAGUGACGCUCAAGUCGGACGAUGACGAGGAGCUGCAUCUCGCACCGACGUUGCGCGAAUUCCUCGGUCAGCUGCAUGCGGCCAGCGAGGCGUUUCACCGGCCCAUGAAUAUCGCCGAGGGACACCGGCAGCGGCUGAUCGAGGCGGGUUUUGAAGAUGUACGGGAUGAGGUGUACAAGGUACGACCAGUGUGGGUGAUCUGA